AUGGAGGUAGCCACGGACCAGCCCCGUUGGAUGGCCCAUCACGCCGUGCUGAACGGGCAACACCCGGACACUCACCACCCGGGACUGGCUCAUAACUAUAUGGAACCGGCGCAGCUCCUACCUCCGGACGAAGUGGACGUUUUCUUUAAUCACCUGGAUUCCCAGGGAAACCCGUACUAUGCCAACCCGGCCCAUGCCAGAGCCAGAGUCUCCUACAGCCAGGCGCACGCACGCCUGACCGGGAGCCAGAUGUGCCGGCCCCACUUGCUCCACAGCCCCGGCCUGCCCUGGCUGGACAGCGGCAAAGCGGCGCUCUCGGCGGCCCACCACCACAACCCGUGGACGGUGAACCCUUUCACCAAGGGGCCCCUGCACCCGUCGGCGGCCGGCGCGCCGCCCGGCGCCAUCUCGGUGUACCCGGGCGGGAGCAGCUCGGCGUCCAGCGCGGCCUCCGCCUCGUCGCUCACGCCGGCCUCGCACUCGGGCUCCCACCUCUUCGGCUUCCCGCCCACGCCGCCCAAAGAGGUCUCGCCGGACCCCAACGCCAGCAGCAGCGCCGCCUCGCCCGCCUCGGCCUCGGCCGGCGGCAGCAGCAGCAGGCAGGACGACAAGGAGCCCCUCAAGUACCAGGUGGGCCUGGCCGACGGCAUGAAGAUGGAGAGCGCCAGCCCGCUGCGCAGCAGCCUCGCCGCCUCCAUGGGUGCGCAGCCCUCCACGCACCACCCCAUCCCCACCUACCCCUCCUACGUGCCCGCCGCCCACGACUACGGAGGCAGCCUCUUCCACCCGGGCAGCUUCCUCGGGGGGCCCGCCUCCAGCUUCACCCCCAAGCAGAGGAGCAAAGCCCGGUCCUGCUCAGAAAGAAAUCCGGUUUCUUCGUGUUUCCAUUUAGAAGGCAGAGAGUGUGUCAACUGUGGAGCUACUGCCACCCCUCUCUGGAGAAGAGACGGCACUGGGCAUUACCUGUGUAACGCCUGCGGGCUCUACCACAAAAUGAACGGUCAAAACCGACCUCUCAUUAAACCUAAACGGAGACUGUCAGCAGCUAGGAGAGCAGGGACUUGUUGUGCCAACUGCCAGACAACCACGACCACCUUAUGGCGACGCAAUGCUAAUGGGGACCCAGUCUGUAAUGCCUGUGGACUUUACUAUAAAUUGCACAAUGUGAACAGGCCCUUGACCAUGAAGAAGGAAGGAAUUCAGACCAGAAAUAGGAAAAUGUCCAACAAGUCCAAGAAGAGCAAGAAAGGCUCUGAGUGUUUUGAAGAACUUUCCAAGUGCAUGCAAGAGAAGUCUUCUCCUUUCAGUGCUGCAGCCCUUGCCAGUCACAUGACACCCAUGGGGCACUUGCCACCUUUUAGCCAUUCUGGACACAUCCUACCAACGCCUACCCCCAUUCACCCAUCUUCCAGCAUCUCAUUUGGACAUCCACACCCAUCCAGCAUGGUCACAGCCAUGGGAUAGAACCUGAAGAUCCAAGGACCCCAGCAAAAGACCUAAAAUCACCUGGGCUUUGCCUAAAAUGACACCAAGGAAAGAUUCUGCCCAGAAGAGAGAAUGUAGGGAAGGAAGUUAAAAAGGGGAUCUCAUUCCAGUGUGGUUCGAUUCUUAGUGCUGGACCUUGCAAUGAUGGGUCUUCUACAGAAAUGCUUAAUGGUGCCUGUUAUGCACUUUGCCCCCUCAGGUAAAAGGAGAAAGAGGAACUCACCUGUAUGAUAGGAUACUUGCUGAUCCCAGCAGAAAGCAAAGGUGGCUGAAGCAGUAGAAGACGCUGGAGCCAGCUUUCCUUUCUCUUUGUUAAUUACUGUGAAUAUUGUAAAGAGAUUAGCAGCCUCCCAAGGCAGAGGAUUCUGAGAGGUAGCCACCCGUGCUGGAUUUCUAUCUUGGACUUUGUUUUUGGGAAAGAAAAAUGGACAACUUUAUAAAAAUCUACUUUUUAAGAAAACAAAUCAGACACAGAAAAAUCAUUAUUUAUUUUGCUCGUGUUCCAGAAAGAGCUUCAAAACCCUUGCAUGUAUUUGUGAAUCUUAUUUUAUUUUUUUAAAAAAGAAAUGUCCACCCUAGUAGGAACAAAUUUGGUUUUGAUUGCUUAAUGGCAACUGCUUUGAUUCUCUUCAUUGCUCUUAGAUUUAAAAAAUUCUACUAGGAAGCGGGUGAGUGUGAGAGGGGGAAACUUGUUGCUAUCGUAAGUUACAAUAGUCUCGAGGUGCAGGUUAUUUUGGUGUAAUUUUUGCAAUUUUUUUCCUCAAUGUGAAGAUUUGUUUUUAAAGCAUGGCAUCUCGCAAGAAAACAGAUACACUGGACACAUGGCUAAAGGGUUUUUCCGUAAGGAACAAUCCUGCAUUGGCUGGAAGAUAAAAUACAGGAUGUCAACAUGUCUUCCCCAUCAGAGUUCUCUGAGCAUUCCGGUGGCUUUAGGAAGCAGCAACAGAUGUCCUCACACACUAUGCAGCCUACCCUAGGCCCCUCCUGCCCAUUCCUUCUGAAUGUUAUGCUUUGUUAACAUCAGAUAAUAAAACAGCAGCCAUGUACCGUCUCAAAGCCUGUGUACAUCUUGCAGUUGUCCCUAAGAGAUGUCACUGCUUUAGACAACCCCACUUGGCUUCUUGUCUGCUAGGUUCCUUGAAACCUGCUCCGCUCACCAAGCUCUGCAGCCUUAGGUUGCUCAGCCUGUCCUGUACUACCCAGCCACCUGGUCAGUGGUGGGUUGCCCCCUCCACUCUUGGCCACUACUUCUUUCUCUGCUUUCUCCCCCCUCAUCCCCCUUCAGGUAGAAUCAUGAGAAGAAACUUUCCUGCAGCCCUAGUUGCUGUUGUGAAAAUCUCCUCCAUCUUGCAUUGGGCCACACCCCUUUUGGAGCAACCCCUAUGCCCUGCUGUGCGUUGCUGCUGUCAGUUCAGUGGGUCUUGUGUGGAAUGCCUGUUUUAUGUAAAUAUAGGCAGUAAAAUAGCAUGCUGCCUUCUACCAGCUCAGACCAUUGGUCUGUCCAGCCCAGCAAUGUCUGCUCCCUAACUGGUGGGGGCAGCCGCUCUCAGACAAGACCCCACCCCUGAAAUCCUUCAACAGGAGGUGCCAUGUAUUGAAUCUGAGGUCUUCUAUGUGUAAAGCAUGUGUGCUGCUAUGGAGCUGCAACCUCCUCUGGUGGCUUGCCCUCUUGGGGCUUAUACACAGCACAGCUCAAAUGAGGGUAAGGAAAAUAAAACCUUGACAUUGCAAUCAUCAGUCAUGAUCUUUUUGUCUGUUUUAUCAGCAGAGAUUUACCAAGAUACAAGACAUAUUAUCUUGCUGAUCUGCUACUAUAUUUUUAAUAUUGUGUCCAAGCAUAGUUGGAAUUUGCUAUCCAUAAAGCAUGCAUGCCACUACAGAUUUCCCAAAUGGGAUAGCAUGAGGGGCAGAAAGUGUGAAGAUCCACAAAAGAGCAGGGUGGGAAAGACAGAGA